UCUCGUAUCAGCGACACACACACACACACACACACACACACACACGCACGGGUACUCACACGCACACGCGCACGGUCCAAACCCCCAGAAAAAGCCCUGCUGAAUCCUCACACCGUCUGUCAGCAUGGGGAGCGCUUGUUUUUCCCGGGACGUUUGUUUGUUUAUGCUCCUCAUAAAUACUUGCAGGGUGAUGGGGAAUGUCGGACUCGCAGACGCAGACGAGUGCGCGGAGGGUUCGGACGACUGCCAUAUCGACGCCCUGUGCCAGAACACGCCCAAGUCCUACAACUGCAUCUGCAAGCCGGGCUACAAGGGAGAUGGCAAGCAGUGCGAAGACAUGGACGAGUGUGAGAACGACUACAAUGGGGGCUGUGUCCAUGAAUGCAUCAACAUACCUGGCAACUACAGAUGCACCUGCUACGACGGAUUCAUGCUGGCCCACGAUGGACACAACUGUCAGGAUGUCGACGAGUGCGCGGACAACAACGGCGGGUGCCAGCAAGUGUGCGUCAACACCAUGGGGAGCUACGAGUGUCAGUGCACAGACGGCUUCUUCCUUAGCGACAACCAGCACACCUGCAUCCACCGCUCGGACGACGGGAUGAACUGCAUGAACAAGGCUCACGGCUGUGCCCACAUCUGCAGGGAGGCACCAGGCAAAGGCGGGGUCUCGUGCGAGUGCCGUCCUGGCUUUGAGCUGGCCAAGAACCAAAAAGAUUGCACAUUGACAUGUAACUAUGGAAACGGCGGCUGCCAGCACACUUGCGACGACACAGACACAGGUCCGGUGUGCGGCUGCCACCAGAAGUAUGCCUUGCAUUCAGACAGCAAGACCUGCAUCGAGAAAGAUGAGGCUGCAAUUGAGAGCUCUGAGUUCAAUGCCACGUCAGUAGCUGAUGUGGACAAGCGGGUGAAACGGCGGCUACUUAUGGAAACCUGCGCCGUGAACAACGGCGGCUGUGACAGGACGUGCAAAGACACGGCCACAGGGGUGCGCUGCAGCUGCCCCGUGGGAUUCACUCUGCAGCCCGACGGCAAAACAUGCAAAGACAUUGACGAAUGCCAGGAGAACAACGGAGGCUGCGAUCACUUCUGCAGGAACACGGUGGGCUCCUUCGACUGCAGCUGCCAGAAAGGCCAUAAACUACUUACCGAUGAACGGACGUGCCAAGACAUUGAUGAAUGCUCCUUUGAGAGAACAUGUGACCACAUCUGCGUCAACUACCCCGGCAGCUUUGAGUGCCUUUGCCACAAGGGCCACAUCCUGUACGGACUCACUCACUGUGGAGACAUUGAUGAGUGCAGCAUCAGCAACGGGAGCUGUGAGUACGGCUGCAUAAACACCCAGGGGGGCUACGAGUGUGUGUGUCCGCCUGGACAGAAGCUCCACUGGAACAAGAAAGAUUGCAUCGAGGCGGUGAAGUGUCUGCCUAAUGGGAAGCCAGCACCCCGAGCCCAGCUGACAUGUACCAAGAGCGUAGGGGAAGAGGUCUGCUCGCUUUCCUGCCCCUCCAACGCUCUCUUCCUCGCAGACUCGGAGAACAGCUACACACUGAGCUGCGGCGUGCCCGUCCAGCUUGGGAAAGCUCCGCAGAAGAGAAACGCCACCACGGCCUUACCCACCUGUGCCGACACGUUGGCCCCGCCCAUCAAACAGAAGGCCAGGUUUAAGAUCAAAGACGCCAAGUGUCACCUGAGACCCCGCAACAAGGAGAAACACAGAGAUUCAUCCAGGCAGAGCCUACAAGGAGGCCAGUUCCCCUGCACCGACGACUGCCAUGUAACUUUUGUCAACCUCAAGUGCGACUCGUCUAAGAAGCGACGACGAGGACGCAAAUCUCCCUCGAAAGAGGUUUCACACAUCACGGCCGAGUUUGAGAUGGAGAUGAAGGAGGAGGAGGCUUCAGACGUUUGCAAUGUGGACUGCGUACGGGAAAGGAUGAAGCAGAAGCUGCAGAGCGCCAUGCGGACGCUCAGGAAGUCCAUCAACAAGCAGCAGUUCUACAUCCAGUUCUCUGGGACGGAGUACGAGGUGGCCCAGAAACCGUCCCGGGUACUGGAAGGAGCCGAGGCCUGCAGCACGGGACAAGUCCUCCGGGACGGCAAGUGUGUGAGCUGCAGCUUGGGGACGUUCUACAGCGGGGAGCAGCAGCAGUGUGUCCAGUGUCCCACUGGGACCUACCAGGACACGGGGGGUCAGCUGUCCUGUGAGCCGUGUCCCAGUACUGAAGGACAGGGAAUCGCCGGAGCCAGGAACGUGUCCCAGUGCGGAGGCCAGUGUCCAGCGGGCCACUUCUCCGCCGACGGGUUCCAUCCAUGCCAGCCCUGUCAGCUGGGCUCCUACCAGACAGAACCAGGCCGUGUCCUUUGCUUCCUCUGCGGAGGAGGUCUCAUGACCAAGUAUGAAGGAUCAGUGUCCUUCAGGGACUGCGAGGCCAAAGUGCACUGCGCUCCUGGACAUUACUACAACUCCACUACGCACCGCUGUAUCCGCUGCCCAGGGGGAACCUACCAAUCGGAGUUUGGGCAGAACUACUGCAUCACUUGCCCGGGAAACACAACCACUGACUUUGAUGGAGCCACUAACGUAUCUCACUGCAAAAACCAGCUGUGUGGAGGUGAGCUGGGAGAAUAUACAGGCUACAUAGAGUCUCCCAACUACCCUGGCGACUACCCAUCCAACGUGGACUGUGUCUGGACCAUCAACCCGCCCCACAAGCGGCGGAUUCUUAUCGUGGUACCGGAAAUCUUCCUCCCCAUGGAGGAUGAGUGCGGGGACGUGCUAGUCAUGAGAAAGAGCGCCCUUCCCACAUCAAUCACGACCUAUGAGACGUGUCAGACCUAUGAGCGGCCAAUCGCCUUCACCUCUAGAUCCCGAAAGCUCUGGAUUCAGUUUAAGUCCAACGAGGGAAACAGUGGCAAAGGGUUCCAAGUUCCAUACGUCACGUACGAUGAGGACUACCAGCAGCUGAUAGAGGACAUUGUGCGAGAUGGCAGGCUCUAUGCCUCCGAGAACCACCAGGAGAUACUGAAGGACAAGAAGCUGAUAAAGGCCCUGUUUGACGUGUUGGCCCACCCCCAGAACUACUUCAGGUAUACGGCACAGGAGUCCAAAGAGAUGUUUCCCCGCUCCUUCAUCAAGCUGCUGCGCUCCAAAGUCACAAGGUUCCUGAGGCCGUACAAAUAGACUGGGACCCUUCACCUUUUUGUUAAAAGCCGCCCGUCAUUCCAAACCCAUUAACCUAAAUGGUCUCACCCCUCCCCUUUUCCCUGUGUAUUUCUCUCAGCCUGGAUCAAUACAUUAAUGUACCCGUUCUAUUACUAAUCUUCCUUUUGCCGUUUUGUUCCUCGAUCCAGUUAGUCACAUGAUGCCUUUCCUCAUCUUUAGCCCAUUUAAUCAGUUUAACACACUAUUAACUGACAGCUUUCACUCCACUCUUUGAAUCAGUAUUUUGGCAUGGUGACGCACCAGCGUCAACAAAUACAGUUCAGGCACAAUGUCGGUCUCCAGUGAAUGCUUCGGGGUGAAACAAUCCCUCAGAAAAUUGGUUUCAGUCGAGGGGAUGUCUGACUGACGAUGGAAACAAAGUGUAACGUGUCAAUUACUUUUCUUUGAUAUCAGGCAAACUUUUCAUGUAAGGUUUGACCUGUAUGGGCUUUUGCAGGCCGGUAUUAAUGUUUUUAUAACGUAGCAUAAGAAGAUAUAUAUUAGUGUGUAUAUAUUGUUUCUUUAAUUUGACCUUUUUCUUAGUUUUGGUAUUAUGGCAUUUCAGUUAAGGUUUUAAUUGUUGUUGCAAGUUGUAAUCGACUAUUGAAUACAAAAUGAGUACUUUUCAACCAAAUCCAAAGAAUAUAUAUAUAAAGCCCAUCAGACAAACAUAGCAAACAUUCACUUAAUUUCCUCUUAAUGUCCAGUUAAAGCAAGACAUAUAAUAAUAUAAAAAUUGGUUCUCACUGAGGAUAAGCAUUUAAAAGGAAACCUGUUUUUCAGAUGAUAUAAUGGCUAUUAUAGUUUCCCAACACAUUUGUUAGCGACCAGCUGAAAAGCUGAUCAGGCAGAUUGAUAUUGCUCUCGUGUCUGUAUGUUAGAAAUGAACAACAGCCUAAAGCACACAGCGUGAAGAACACAGAGGGAAACUAAAUCAGCUCACCAGCUGAAGGUCAGUAAGUAACGUGUAGCAUAUUGUGUGAUUUAUUGGGACCACCUGGUCCUUACUGGUCCCAAGCUAAGCUAAGCUAGUGCUGGAUAUAUGUCAUGAAGUGGUAUUCAGCGAAAGGGAUGUUUCACAACCCAAUGUCGGUCAAACCCUCGUUCAGCACAUCAUAAACUUUCUGCUCAAGUCCCUAACAUUCAUUUACCAACAAUAACUCCUCUCAUGUUCUCUGCUUGGUUUUCAUUGUUGUUGCUGUUGUUGUUUUUGUUUUUCUAAUAUUUAUACUGAACAUGUCAGAACUUGCAGAGGCCCAAUUCACAACUUUGUACCGCACGGGUGUGCAAGAUUUGUGCGCUCUCGUUUGGACCACACACGGGUGUACGUGCGCAAUGUGUUGAGACAUAUCGGCCCAUAUAGUGUACAUGGAUGUAUUCUGAAUUUAGAUGUCGUCAUUGGCCGCGAUGUGCAAGAGACAGGGAUGAGAAAAACAAUCGGUGCACUUAAAACCUAUUUUUAAAACGGAAAUUUGAAAGAAAUGUGAAAAGUGGAGAAACCAUUACGCCUUCAGAGGGCGGAGAUUAAAUGGGGCAAAUCAGAAAGUCUAUAUUGUAUUUGUUUUUUAAAUAAAAAAGAAGAAGAUAUAUAACAAGAUGAAACAAACUACCUGCAAGAGACAGCUAAUUACUUUAGAGAGAAAUGUAUGUGAUGUAACUAAUAUUUGGAACUUUAAUUGCACUUGAAUUUUAUAUUGUAAACUGUAGAAAAAAAAUAAGAUCUAAGUUGCGUAUUUGUUACUUUUUUGUGUGUGUGUGUGUGUGUGUGUGUCGUCUUUAAAUUUAGAGAGAGAAAGACAGCUGUGUCCCCCGCACUCUGUAGCUUGCUGUGACCCCACUUUCUCUCAGUAACAGUAGAGCUUCAAGUCCCAUUCACUCACACAGUGAGAAACAACCGUUCUGCUGAAGCGUCGACAUCUCGUACGUUAAACUAAUGAAAAACGGUGUCGGCAAUAGAUCAAAUCACCGCUAGUCCUGCUUCUCCCAUCCACGUCCUACAGCUGCCAGAGAGAAGAAGCAUCUUUAUUAAAGCUUCUUAUAUGAUGGCACUACUUAAAUACAGACACUAUAUGUCCGUUUCUUAAAACAAAUACAACACAUCCGCAUCUACCCCGAUGCAGUCUCUUUCUAUUAAACAGGAAUUAUAGUUUGUAUGCUGUGCUCUACCUUUAUAACCCAACCAAAUGGUUCUGUGUCAUUGCCGAUACUACUAAUAUGUCUAUGAAAUUGUUAACCAUGUAUUGAAGAUUGGCUCUGUAUCUGCACAUUGCGGCUGGAGUUGGGAAUCAUACACGUGUUAUGACUGGGGCGUUGGUGUGGAGGUGAAUGUAGAGAUGAGAGGCAUAUCCUCUCAGUGUCCAUCGCACUCGCAGCAAGUCAACUGUGGACCAGUGAACUUUAUCUGUGUGUUGUGUUGCUCCUUGAGAAGCAAGCCUUAGCUGAAAGAUGAUUAUAAAAGAAAUGCAAAUGUAAUAAUCCCUAUUGGUGAUGAAGCUUCUCUAGAAACUGAACUGGGCAGGAGGAACAUAACAAUGUGUCAGUGCUCAUCUGGAGUUUCAUCAAAGCUUAGUUGAUUAAACAUUAAUGGAGCAUCCUGGAGGUUUUGUAUGUUUAAGCCUAUUUACUACAAAUUUUUGAUAUUUUAUUAAGUAUUUUUGCCACUGGUUUCAAUUUAUUAAAGUUAAUAAAUACGCAUUAACACCAGAUUUUGCACAAGACAAUAACAGUCUCCUGGGUGAAAGCAUUUUGUUUGUUUGACCCAUCAUGAACCUUGUCUCCAAUUGAUCUUCUUCACCAUGCCAAAACAUCUGAAUAAAAAGGGUUUGGCAUUCAAAUCUUGCAGGAAAUGUACGAUACCAUAAUAUUUUCUUGGGGACUAUUUGGAAUCUAUCCAACAACAUCUGCUUAGAUUUAAACAAAAAGUUGGUUCAGGCCAGCCUUAUCUUUUUUUUCAUGGUGCACCAAAUUGAAAUGAGACAGGAAGCUAAAUUAAAACAAGUUAUGUAAAAUAUUUCUAAUAAAUGGGCUUGCAAAACCACAAGAUGUUCCUGCAUGGCAAUGAGUCAAUCACAGUUAGGGAUAUUAAAUCUGAUUUAAAAAAUGUUGCGAAACUAUACAAAAUCCCCCGUUAAACGAAUCUCUCUAGCUGUAAUUUCAAAUGUCAGUGAGGUCACACGAUCACCACAUAGGUUCCCCAUAUAAAAGCAUCCUGUCGUUCCACGCCUUGCCAAAUAGCUGCCACACAGACAAGUCAUGGUACGGCCUACUUCCUGUUUGAGGUGGGCACUGUUCAACAUGGAAAAAUAAUAUGAAAUGCUCUAAAAUGUAUAAUUGACUGUUGUUUUCUUCUUCCUCAGAAUGUAUUCUAUUGUGAAUGGGUGGCUGCAUGUGCGUGCGGGUGUUUGAGAGAUCAAUGUGAGUGCAGUAAGUGUGUUUUCUGUGUGUAUGAUUGAGUUUUUGUGCUGAGCGCCUGUGACAGAGAAAGAGACUUUGUGUGUCUGUGUGUACUUUAGUCAAAUUUUUAGAGGAAUCAUUUUAACGUCUGUGUUAGUCGGUUGUACCCAAAGAGAGAAACUGUAACGCAGUGUUGUGCCAUUAUUUGGACCAUGAAACUCCAAUACUGAACAAAUUAAAAUAAAAAGACUAGCAGAAA